AAGAGAUGCGAUUACAUAAUUAUCAUUUACUUGAGACAAGUGAGUGCUUAGCUAUUAUAAAAAUUCAAAAGUACAACACCAAAAAGGCAAUAAAAACAACCUAAAAGAUUAGGGUCCUUCCCAAAAAAAAAAAAUCAGGGUCCUAAUUACAACAAUGGAGAGAUCUCGGGCCUAGUUUGAUCUAUCUUAAAGGAUUAGGGACAUAUCCCACGUACUUUAUGUCUUUUUCCAUAAUUCUGGAACAAUACCCUAUAUUUUUUUCCCUUAGACAAGAAAUAAAGAGUCAAAUCAUGUCCUAGUGGUGGGCCAAAAAAAAUCAUGUCCAAGUGACAUACACCACACCCCAGAAACGAGCUUUAAUUUUGGGCCAUACACCUCCUUACAUCCUUUACUAACCUAAAAUUGACUUUCCUUAAUCAUCUUUCUUUUCUCUUUGUCAAAUUAUUGGACUCCACCCCUCACAAUUCUCUCCUAUCCUCAAAAUCUUCCAAAUUCAACAUCACCUUCAAGAUUUUUCCUUCCUCAAUCAAACCACCUCCCCAAAGCCUCAUUUUCUCCACCACAAAUUCUCAUACCCGUUCAUUCCUUUCCUCUCUGCUUUAAUAAAUAUCGCAGAAGUUUCCAAGGAAAAAAACAGAACCAUUUUUUUUUUUGUCCUUUACUGCCAUUCCCCUUUUCAUGUGAAAAAUUGUCCUUAUAAAUAAAUGUGUGUUUCAUUUUGGUGUAUAGUUUUCUUCCAAACUUUCCAGCUUCUAGCUUCUAACUUCUAUGUUCUAGCCAGCAAUUUCUGAAAGAAAUCCGAAAAUGUGCAGGGGAAUUCCAGAGGGAAACAGAGGUGGUUAUUCCUGUCUGAAACAGGGUACCCCAUCAUCGCCGUCCCGAUCGUCGGUCCGAUGUGAGCUGUGCAACUCGACGGCUUCGUUGUAUUGUCAAGCGGAUGAUGCAUUUUUGUGUCGGAAAUGUGACACAUGGGUGCACCAGGCUAAUUUCUUGGCACUCAGACACAUCAGGUGUUUUCUGUGUAAUACGUGUCAGAAUCUCACGCAGAGAUAUCUCAUCGGAGCUUCGACGGAGGUGAUGUUGCCGACGAUCGUGAGCUUGGCGUCGGAGAGUCGAGGAAGCCGGUGCGAUUCUGACGUUGAGAGAAACUGUUCCCCGACGCUCAAGACGCCUUUUCUCUUUCUUUGAUCCUUCUCUCUCUCUCUCUCUCUCUCUCUCUCUCUCAGUGAAUCUAAAGUGAUCCUUCUCUGUAAUUUUUUUUUUUUUAAUAUGGGAAAUUGAGGGGAUGAAGAAGAGUACGUUUCAAUGUCCUUUUUCUUUAGUGCAGCCUGUGGUUAUGGAGGAA